UGUUACCCGCACGCAGGAGACGCCGGUCCUGGCACCGGGUUCCGAGUCUCUGGGAAAGGCCGAGCGAAAGUCGGGUGCAGAAGUUUCUGUCCUCGCCCCCAGGCUGUUGCGCAGUUUUCCUGGAACGUUUUUGAGCGACUGCUACCUUAGCCGUGCCUUUCCAGGUGUUUCUAGGAGGAGUAAUGGUUUAAAGAUAGGUCGACAAGUGCCGUCUUUUCUUGGAAAAAUUUUUCAGUUUUGAGCUCCUUAAGAAGGCAGCGAGUUUUAAAUUUUAAGUCACCUGUUGAGAGUCCAAAAUCGUAUCUGCAGGCGCACACACACGGGUGGAUUUCCAUUUGCAGAAUUUAUGCAGUCUUCUUUCUGGCAUUCCUGUAAAAGCUCUGUUCCGGUAGCAUUGUUCAGAAACCCAAGUGGUGCCGUGUUAUGGACAUUGAGAAAUACUCGGAUUAAGAGCUGGGACGACGUUCUGAUCCGCCGCGUCCAAGGAGGGGUGCAGCCCGGCUGCGUCGUGGAGCGGAAAGAACACCCGAAGGGCUCCCCUGACGUUGACAGUUCACAGUUUAAGACCCUGCUAGAAUUUGUAAGUAUGUGAAGCAUUCCCAGAGGCUUCAACCAACUCAGCAUCAGCUACUUCUCUGUGACUGGGUCCCGAUUAAGGUCUUCCCAAGAAAGACUUCAUUGGAUCCACAUUCAAGAGGACUCUACCAGGUUUUCCUGACCCCCCUACAUCGCUGUAAAGUGCCAAGGCCUUAAGACUUGGUCACUGUAUAAAUGCCUUGUUUCCUGGGUCCACGGGAAGCAUGAGUCUGUUGGGACUUGGGACAAGAAGAAAACAAGACAUCUUCACAAGAAAAACCAGACACUAACAAAAAGUAUCCCAAAGUCUGAAGAGCUAGAAAACAAACAUGGCGGACAGAGGACUUAGGGAUCCUGCAGAGGCCCCUCAAAAGGAUUUGAAAAAUGACGUAUCAAUAAGUCCUCAGGCACAGGAGACCACAGUCCCCGAAAGUACCGUUGAAGAAGCUCAGACCCCAGACUCUGCGUCUGGUCUCAAUGACGUCGUCCACCAAGAGGUAGAAAUCAUAGAUACAGGAAGUGCAGACACAGAUGAUCAAUCAGACAGUCCAGAUGGGACAAAUUAUGGGAACUAUCCAAAGGCUAAAACACAACAUGAGAACAACCAGAGUUUUCAGGAAGAACAGAACCUACCAGAACCCACCAGAUCUCCAAGUGACAGCGUAGAAAGAGAAGAUGCAGUCUUAUUGAGCGGCUCUGCAGCCCUGCCUGAGGAGGUGAGCAGCGGACCUGGAGUUUCACCGGAGCCACCUGCCGCAGACCCUCGGGGUGCCCCGAGCCCUGAGCAUUCCCCUGCAGCGCCGGAGAGCCAGGCUACCGUGAGGAGGCGACUGCUGGCAUCAGAGGCUGAGAGUCAUCAGCAAGAAACACAAGAGUUGGAAGAAAACAAAGAGAAUGCACUGGAUACCAUAAGAAAGAUGGAUAAAAAGGAUCUUUUGAGUUAUGGCUCCAUCUUUCUUUGCUCCCUGGUUAUGACUGUUGUUUUGAUAAGUUUUGUUAAUAGCUACUGUUCCUCUCCAGCCCAGCAAGUGCCCAAAAAUCCAGCUUUAGAGGCCUUUUUGGCUCAGUUUAGCCAAUUGAAGGAUAAAUUCCCAGGCCAGAGCUCCUUCUUGUGGCAGAGAGGACGUAAAUUUCUCCAGAAGCACCUCAAUGCUUCGAACCCCACCGAGCCAGCCACCAUCAUAUUUACAGCAGCUCAAGAGGGAAGAGAGACCCUGAAGUGCCUGAGUCACCUCGUCGCAGAUGCCUACACCUCCUCCCAGAAAGUCUCCGCCAUUCAGAUCGACGGGGCUGGAAGAACCUUGGAGGACAGUGACACGGUCAAGCACUUGGUUGACAUGGAGCUGAGCUCGGGAUUCGAGAAUGGCCAGAAGGCUGCUGUGGUACACCACUUCGAAUCCCUUCCCGCGGGCUCUACCCUGAUCUUCUACAAGUAUUGUGACCAUGAGAAUGCUGCCUUCAAAGACGUGGCCCUGGUGCUGACUGUUCUCCUGGAGGAGGAAACGUUAGAAGCAAGUGUUGGCCCAAGAGAAACUGAGGAAAAAGUGAGAGAUUUACUCUGGGCCAGGUUUACCAACUCCGACACUCCCCGCUCCUUCAACCACAUGGACUCAGACAAGCUGAGUGGGCUCUGGAGCCGCAUUUCACACCUGGUGCUGCCCGUCCAGCCUGUGAGGAACAUAGAAGAACAGGGGUGUUUUUUUAUAAGCUAAGCACCGAGUCGGUUUCGGAAGGCACGGAUUUAUUAAAAAGUCAGUGUAAAAACCUGUUUCUGUGGAAGGAGGUUGAUGAAAAGCCUGGCAAGCACAAAGGAGCUUAUUUUAGAAAAAAAAUUUUUUUCAUUUUUUAACUUUUGUAUUAUCUUUCUAAGUUUGACAAAACGUGACCUCUUUUCCUGGCCUUUCAAGCCAAUCAGGUUUAAAAUAUGCAUAGAAUAUAUAACUUUUUUUUUUUAAUCCAAAAAUAUAGCCACAGAAUCAUUUCAUGAGAAGAUAAAACCUUCUCAGAAUGACUACAGAGUGAUUUUUGUUUUCUUGAUUAACGAGCCUUUUGGCUAGUGUUGGACUUGGACUAGAGCAAUUACAGUUACGAAGCAAUGGUAAUUAAAAACUUUUUUCUAUCACAUCUUAAAUAUUUUUUAAACUGAUUUUAGUAACCAGUCAUGGGAUUACAUCUUACACUAAUUUGCAUUUUUGAAUAGUUUAAAAAGAAAUAUGAAUUCAAAUACUUAGCUAUAUAUAAGGCUCUAUGCUUUUUAUUCCAUUAAUGGGCUGAGGUAAAAGUAGCUGUCCUUAAGAAAUGUUCUUAAAAAGUGGAAACAAGGGGCAGAUUGUUUAUAAUCAUUGGAAAUGAAGAAGUUCCAGUGGACGAUAUCUUUUCUUCAGCUUCUUGAAUGUUUUAGAGCAGUGGUUUCUAAGCUGUGUCUACUGACAGCUCUCCCCUUCUGAUCAGAGCAGUUCUGCUUUUGACCACUUUAUAUAGUGGGAGUCUCCCUCCAUAAGAUUUCGUUGGAACAAAGAGUUCCACUGAUAAUGAAAUUUGAAAAUUGCUGAUUAAGUGAAAAAAAAAAUUAGAAGAUAGGAAAAUAAUGAAUGUAUUAAAUCUUAUGAGUUGGAAGAAGAUGAAAUAUAGGUUUAUUGUACAGACGUGCUAUUUAUGAAAGAUAAAGACGUACAGAUGAAAAGAAGAAUGUAUAAGUUAGUAUUUGGUAAGCAUAUUUCUGACGCUGUUGUUAAUUUCUGUUGACCAUCAUUUCUGUCUCCCCUGAAUGGAAUUUUAUAAUUGUCUAGGAUGAGAGUUUGAGUGCCAUUUAAGCAGAAUGCAGAUUUUUAAGAACUAAUUGAACAGUAGGUUUUAUAUGGGUACAGUAACUAACUGCACCAUGCUGUUUACUUGUUACACAGUGAUGGAACAUUAUAUAAUGCAGCUCAUUUCUCGACUAGAUGGUUAGAAAUACCAUUAGGCUAACAAUUAAAUGCAAGAGGUAUUAUACUUUGCAAAAGGAAGCAGACAUGGUAAAUAGAUUCUAAGAGGUUUUAGUGACCAAUAUUAGUUGUUGAACCGUGUUCUGUGAUUAUAAGAAAGAUUGAGAACAGUGUUCAUGGAGAUAGUAGUUGGUGGGCCUUGCAGCUCUGAAGGCAGAACUCUACUAAAAUUAUCUUGACCUAAGGAAAGGUCUGUUCCAUGACACGGCAUACCUGGGGACUAUUACAAUGAUCUUGGAAUAUUGCAACUAAAUUUUGGCAUCUGCUGUUGUGAGAGUGGAAUAUGUAUGUAUAUAUAAUAUAUAUGUGUGUGUAUGUAUAUAGAUCUUCCUAGUGUUUCCAGAACGCUUCCAUCCUUUAAUCAUGUGACUUCCUUCAUGCUUUAAGCAUUUUGACGAUUAAAGCAUGAAGGAAGUCACAUGAUUAAAACAUGGAAGGAUUUUUUGAAACACUAGGAAGAUACAGGGAUCUUUAUUGAUCCCGAAAAGGAGAUUACGGAGACAUGGGAGAGGAACCUAUUGGAAAAUAUCUGUCACAGGAAAAACAUAUCAAUCUGUUCUAACCGGGGCCUUAAGGUGGUGUUCAGUUGAGUGUAGGGACGUACCUGAAAGAACUAUUUACAUUUGCAACUUUGUGAAGGAAUCUCUCAAGUAGAUUUGAGGAAAGACCUGCCUGAACAAAAAGACAAAGCAUAGUAAAUAUCAUAUCAGUAUCAAUCCAAUAUAAAAUCAGAGAAAAUUGAAGAAAAAUUAUAUAUCACGUUUGAAUUUUUUUCUGUAUUUCUAGAUCUCAGGUGCCAGCUAGUGUUCUGUCACACAAAACCAAUGGUGCCUUGUAGAAUUGUUCUGAUGGCCUGCUGACCUGUGCUACCUCAGAUCUAUGAAGAACCAGUAUGAAAUGUGUAUAACGAUUUCCUCUAUCAGUGAUUUGAAUCACCGAUGAAACAAAAACUUUUGUUUCUUCAUUCAGUUGAAUGUGGUUUUUCAUCACUUCCUUUCAAUAUAAUUUAGCAAAAGCUUUUAAAAUGGCACUUUUUUUUUUUUAAUGUUCAGGCUUUGUUAAAAAAACACUUUUCCUUCCUUGUAUAAGUGCAAUCAACUAAAACUAUUGUCAGUUUUCUAUCUACUAUUUCAAAACUUACUUUUUAAAAAGAAGCAGUAUAUUCGUUUUGGCUCUGUUCAUGAA